AUGAAUAACGCGCUGCGGUUAUCUCGUUUGGUUUUGCAGUCGGCUGAUUCUUCAGUUAAAUCUAGUAUGGUGAUCUGCCAUGGUUUAUUGGGUUCCAAGAAUAAUUGGAAGAGUAUUUCUAAUGCGUUUGCCCAGAAAAACUGUGGAACUAUUGUGGCCGUAGAUUUACGUAAUCACGGAAGUAGCCCACAUUCCGAUGAUAUGAACUAUUUUAAUAUGGCUGAAGAUAUACACAUGGUUGUAGAUGACCUCAGCCUGCGGGGAGUAUGCUUGGUUGGCCAUAGUAUGGGUGGCAAAGCGGUUAUGUGCGCAGCUCUAAUGAAAGUAGUUAUCUUUUAA